AUGCCCUCUUCUCGCAAUUUCGAUCUGGAAUACGAUGAUUACAAAGAGCGGAGGAAUGCGGCUGGAAUGGGAAGUCGGGCGAGCUCCAGGAACGGAAGAUUCAAGCCGAUCGACGCGGAGAAAGAGAAGAAGAAGCAGGAAGUCGGAGAGUUCGGACUGUGAGCUGUUAUUAUUUUCUUUGAAAUCAUCUCAAGUUGGUUUUCAGCCCCAGCAACGAGUACCAAAUGCAGGGAUACAAAGAGAAAAGAUCGGACGUGGGAGCGGACGCGCUUGCCUCCGUGCGAACCCUCAGAAACAAUCUGAGAGUGAUGUCGCUGGAGCAUCGAGACAAGGACGAACCGGUCAAAGCUCAUUUGUGUCAGUCUGCUUGCGACGACCUUUCGAAAGCCGAGAGGCAACUGGUGGAAAUGAGUCACCGACGGAGUGAUGCCGUGGUCAGAGGAGACACGAAGCAAGUGGAGAAGAUUGCGGCGGACAUGGACAGGGUAAAGUCGGACGCGAUUCGGAACGCAUACUCUGAUUUGAUGAUGGAUGACGGGACGAUGAAAGCGUUCGGAGUGAAUUCGAAGUGGACUCCCGAUAAGAACCCGAUGCCGCCGGAUGACUGGAAGCCGAUGACUCCGAUGAAACCGAGAAAAAGAGCAGAAACGCCGAACGGAAGAAGGACGGAGAGCCGACAGAGUGUCCGCGGAAACAAUGAUAACGGAGAGAGACGGAUGAGCACGAGAUCGGCGGAGAGAAGAAUCAUUCCGAAGGAAGAGACUAAGGUAGAAACAAGAUAAAGGGUGAAGAGAAGAGGAUGUUUCAGCCGAAACCCAUCCGGAAGAAUCAACGGCUUUCGGCAGUAGGUCGGGAGCCGGAAGCGAUCCCAGUGGAGACUCCCUUGCUGAGUGGUUCCACUGUUCAGGACGAUCCGUACAAAAUGCCAACUUAUGUUGGGUGAGUUUUAUUCGAUUUGUCCGUCCCAAAAGAAUGUUCAGAAAAUGUCCACAUUGUCAGGUGACUGAGAAUGGAUUGGGAAGAUCUGGAGGAAUGGAGAAACACUAUUCAAGGUACUGUAAAGUGAUGACAAGCUGCAAGUACUGCAUGAAGUUGACUAUGGUUAGAACAAAAUGAGACUUUUCUUCUAAUCGCUGUCCAGUAUUCUAGGUCUCCCAACUAACAGAUCACAUGAUUUAUCGAUGCGAAUUUCUGUUGGAUACAAUGGAAGCGUGUAACGAGUGCGGAUUGGCGAUGGACAAGGAAGAUCAGAGGAGAGGAGCGGGCCAUCCGAUGUGCAGAGGUCGGAGACCGCCUUCAGGGGCACAGUGGUGUCCGUUGUGUACGAUUGCGGUGGAGGAUAAUGAAGAGGUGACACAAUUGAGCGCAUCUUUCUGAAGAAUUCGUGUUCAGGGCUGGCGGGAGCAUCUUACGAGCAACUGUUAUAAUAAUCCGAGACGCGACGGUCCGGAGAAGGAUCCAUGGGAGAUGAAGCAGGAACAAGACGACAUACUGUAAAGUUCAUGAAGUUCCAUAAAAAUGAAUGCAUGCGUUUUCAGUAGAAAAGCGAGAGAGAGGAAGCAACGUGAGAAAGAGGAAGAAGAAGCACGGAAACGAGCAGAGGAAGCCAGGAAACAGCAACAAGUGAUGGUCAAUAACAGUGGAUAUCCCGGAAAAAUGAUCGACGCCGAUAAACUGGUAGUGGCCCUUCAGGAGAUCCAGGAGAAGAAGAAGGCGGAGAAGAAGAAGCGGCUGAAGGAAGUAGAGAAAGAGAACACUGCUACUUGA